GUAUUUUGUUCUUUUUACUAUUAUUCAUCACCAUAUUAGACAAACUUCUGAACAACGUUGUUAUCAUCAUCCCUUUUGCUGGAACCAUAUACUUAGUAUUUCAAAACAGCUUUCUCCUUGUUAUUAUCAAAGUCAUCUGUUUUGUACCAUCCACUGUUCAGGCAUAGCAGUGACGUCACAGCUUCCGUGCUGGUGGCGAGUAUAUAAAUGGCUUUUUCCCUUUACCGAGCAUCACUGUUCACUCAGCUCCCCUGCGACCUACACCAAUAUGUGUGCGAAACUGAUCCUCGUGGUGGGCUCCCUCGCGGCUGUGGUCUCCGCCGUGCCCCGUCCCGACACUCCUCCCGUCUACGGCCCUCCUCACCCGACCUACAAGCAGCCAGGAAUGCCGUUCGAUUUCAGCUACGCCGUCAAGGACUACUCGGGUAAUGACUACGCCCACGCCCAGACCAGCGACGGUCACGUCACCUCCGGAUCGUACAGAGUGGCUCUUCCCGACGGCCGAACCGAGAUCGUGGAAUUCAGCGCCGAUCACGACAACGGCUACGUCGCCAACGUCGCCUACGAGGGGGAGGCCUCUUACCCCGCUCCCGCCCCCUCCUACCACCCCGCUCCCUCCUACCACGCCCCCGCCCCUUCCUACCACCCUACUCCCUCCUACCCACCACCCACCACCUACCCACCUCCCCCACCCCACCCAUAUCAAUAG